CACUUAUCUCUUCCAAAAAAAGAACUUUCUCUCUCGUCUUUGGCCACGUAGACAUGAACGUCGAACAUCACAGCUCCGGCCACAUCUCCGUCGAUAUUCCACCGAGAAAGCUUCUUUCCUCCUCCAAAUCUCCGUCGUCGGCAACUUCACGUCCCAAAGAUCACAAAGACUAUUGUUACGACUCUGACUCCGACGAUCCGUACGCCGGAGACCAUUUCCGGAUGUACGAGUUCAAGAUCCGACGGUGCACACGUAGCCGUAGCCACGAUUGGACCGACUGUCCUUUCUCUCAUCCCGGCGAAAAAGCUCGUCGCCGUGACCCUCGCCGGUAUCAUUACACCGGAGAAGUAUGCCCUGAGUUUCGUCACGGCGGCGAUUGCAGCCGCGGCGAUGAAUGCGGUUUCGCUCACGGCGUUUUCGAGUGUUGGCUCCAUCCUAGUCGUUACCGUACAGAAGCUUGUAAAGACGGUAAGCAUUGUAAGAGGAAAAUAUGUUUCUUUGCUCACUCUCCUCGUCAGCUUAGAGUUCUUCCGCCGCCGGAAAAGUUCAUCUCCGGUGGCAACGGUGGAUCUGCGUCGAUGUUAAGUAGUAAGAGUAAUGGUUGUUGUAUGUUUUGUUCUCACUCUCCAACGAGCACUCUCUUCGGUUUAACACGAUCGCCGUCGUCGUCUCCGCCUCUUUCUCCGGCUAAUAAAUCCGCCGUGUUUUCAAGAUUGAGCCGCCGUCGAUCUUCCGUGGCGUACAAGGAAGUAUUAAACGAGCUGAUUAAUUCUUUGGAUUCCGUUAGUCUCACGGAAGCACUAGCGGUGGCUUCUUCUUCGUCGUGUCCGGUCACCAUGCCGGUUUCCACGGCGGCGAUGCUUGCCUCAUCAAGUCUUAGCAACCAUCACCAUCACCGUCUUCCGCCGUGGCUUGACGUCGGAGAAAGAGAUCACCAAUAUCAACAGAGUUCUUCUCUUCAAUUUGCUCUUUCACCUUCUUCUACUCCAAGUUACCUACAUGGCCAGCUUCAGCUUCAGCCGCCGCCGCCGAGCUUCUUCAGCGAUGAAAUCACGCCACGUGGUGGCCGUUUAAGUGAUUUCACGGCGGCUGCAGCUGCGGCGGCGGAAGCUAGGGAUAAAAGUGGCUUUGAGGUUGGUUCUUGUGGUGAUCUUGAUCUUGGAUGGGUGAACGAUCUCUUAAAAUGAUCAAUGUGAAUGAUCGGAGAUAUUUUCCGAUGGCAAGGAAUAAUAUAUACGGCGGCAGAUUUCCGUCGUGGAGCUAUUGUUUAUUGAAAAUUGUUCAUUUUUACGAUUUUGUCCAUGAGAGCUAAUUAAGAGUAUGUACUACGUCGUGCUUGAAAGUAUAUAAUUUUCUUUCUAAGUUCAUUUUCUUUUGAAUAAAAGAGUCCAUAACAUCUUUUGUAAUAUUGAUGAUCUCUUGGAACUUGUAAUAUAUACUGUAGGAUCGAAUACCUAUGUAAUGUUUUACUUCAAAAUAUUCUGUUUAAUAAAAAACUGUUGUA